AGAGCAGGUCAGCAGCAGGAAGCAUGAAGUGCUCUAAAACUUGCUGGUAGACGGCUGCGUUGACCCUGGAUCUCAGGAAACAGAGUGGACCGACACCAGCAGAUGACAUGGCACCCCAAACCAUCGCCGCGGCCGGCGUCACGCGCAGCAGGAUGGCUCCAUGAGCUGGGCAAACGCCUGGAGAUGCCCUACGUCAACAACACGGUCGGCGGCCCGUCGGUGCGCAGCUCGUACAUCGCCGCCCUCUACUUCACCCUCAGCAGCCUGACCAGCGUCGGCUUUGGCAACGUGUGCGCCAACACGGACGCCGAGAAGAUCUUCUCCAUCUGCACCAUGCUCAUCGGCGGUAUCCCAGACGCCUCAUAUGGAAUAACGUGAUUGGGCAGGCACGCUGUUUAUAUCGUGGGAAAGCGGACGUGAAAAAAGGCUGUCCUCACUCAGGUCCGCAUGGAGCUGGAGGGGGCGUGGCCUCCAGCUCCAGCUGAAAAUCGGGAGAUUUUCGGGAGAAUAUU